AUGGACGUGUACAUCUCGGAGGAGUACGUGGCCCAGCGGCGCGCCGAGAGGAGGGCCGCGCGGAUUGCCGCGGCCGCACGCUGUGGAGAGGAGAAGGCGCGGGCGGACAGCGAGCAGAAGCGGUGGACGGCGGCCGCGUGGGCGGAGAAGGGCAAGCGGCCCGCUGCUGACGGCGGCAAUGCCGAUACGAAUGUCGGCGGUGGCUCCGCCUGGCUGGUAGGGGAGGACGCCGUUCUCAGCUACUUCUCGGCUUAG